AUGUCAUUUUUCAAUCAAAGACUCACAAAUUAUAUAUCUCGAAAAAAAUUCCCCACAAGUGUCUAUGAUUUUGAGAAUUCUAUGAGGCUUAAGCGUGGGCUAAAACCAGAAGCAUUCGUCUCCAUACCACAAUCUGAGAGUUCUCAGUAUGAAGCAAAGACCUUACAAGAAGUGAUUGAUGAAGGUAAAGCAAAUACGAACUGGAGAUAUAUAAAAGCAAGAAAGUCAGAAGGCCCAAGAUAUAUCACUUACUUUUUAAUAGUUUGUUUUUUCACAUUUUAUAAGGUUGUCCGUGUAGUAGAGAACCAGAAGUUUUAUAAAAACAAUGGUAUGAAGUCAGACAAUGAUUCAGAGAUUGGGUCGAGACGAUUCCAAGAUAAACUAGAAUAA